AUGAGAAAAUAUUAUGGUUUGUUCGAGAUUUGUCUAUGGUACAUUGUAAUAUGCAGAAUUGAGAUCGCGCUUCGGCUGAUUGAUCCAACGUUGGCAAUACCAUACUGGGAUUCGGUUAUGGAUAGCUAUCUGCCGAAUCCAAGGGAUUCGAUAAUUUGGAGUCCGCUUUUCGCUGGUGAAACAGACAGCUUUGGACGAGUUGUUAACGGCCCGAGGUUAGGUUUCGAAGGCCGUUUGUUCACGGAAACUGACAUCGGCAAUGUUCUAAACCAACAGGACAUUAGCAAUGUGCUUGCAUUUACUGCUCCGCAAGCUGGUAAUUAUUUUGCAUUAAAAGAACUGCAUUCGACUUCUAUCAUUUCGGCAGUGCUGUCAAAGUGUGUUCUUUCGUGGUAA